AAGAGGCUAUAAAUAAUGCAGUAAUAGAUAUUUAUCGUUUAUUUAUAUUUUUUUUAGUUCGAUACCUUACCAGUUUUCUUGUACUCGAUAAAGCUAAUAAACAUUGCUUGAAAUUUAAUGAAGAAAACACUAUAUUUAUCAGGUAUCGAUACUCAGUAUUCAUUCCAACAGUGUAGUCAUGGUGACUGUAAACAUGGCGUGUUAACAGCUGCUGAAGAGAAGCAAGCUGAACUUGUUCAUGGUCCUUAGUUUGGAUUUAUUCUAAAGGCAAUGUCUCACAGCUACUACAAUAGACAAUGGCAGGAGGCCCAGGCUGCGUUGGUGGACCUCCUGCAACAGGAGAAUCCUCCAGAACCGCCCAAACCGGAGCGGGAUCGCCUGGCUGCAUUUCAGCUCCUUGCUACUAUGUACAUCAAGUACAUUCAGAUCUUCCGCAAGCUGGAGCAGUCUUAUGAUCAGAUUGUGCACCCGCAGAAGCGAAGAGUUCUCCGUCACUGUCUGGAUGGGGUCAUGGGUCGCAUUGUGGAGCUCAAGCAUGAGAUGAUGAACCUUGAGUUCUCGGAGUACCACUACUUUGAUGAUGUCCUCUCUGAUCUGAAGCUCACACCCAAUGAUGUGGAGAUACCCAUUCCAAAAUAUUUCAUCAAUGAAAGAGCAAAGAAUCUGAAGGAGCGAGAGAAACUGCUUGGGCAAAUCCUGGCAAAAAUUGGACCUCAAGAUCAAGACAGGGAAAAAGAGGAAAUCCGCAUGCCAUGGGAACAAGCUGUCCGCAUCGUGCAGAUUCAUGAGAGGGCUCGCCAAGGUCGUUUGAGGGCCAAGUUCAUGCGUGACAUUCGUCAACAAGAGGACCGUGAGAAACAAGCUCAGAACAGGGGAGCCCCAACGCUUGACCCUGAUGUGGCCGCCAUGAGGAUUCAGAAGGUGUGGAAAGGCUUUGCUCAGAGAAGGAGGACCAAGAGAGAGCGAGAUGAGGAAAUGAUUUUCAUCGGCAUGGCCCCCGCUCCUCUCCCGACGAGCACUAAGAACCUGCCACAGACAUUCGCGGCCAAGACAGAGGAUCUGCGCCACAAGGCACAGGACGUUCAUGAACACGAGUACCAGCAAGCCCUGGUCAACAUCCGGGAGAACAUCGUGCAAAACGAGGGGCCGGACAUGAAGGAGACCAUGAUGGAUCAGAUCAGGCAGUGGUUCAUUGAGUGCCGAGAUGCAACAGGCAAGUUCCCUGAGUAUCCUGAUGCCGACGAUGGAGGCUCCGCCAUGAUUUUCAAGGAAAAGGACCCUGCGGAGCUGGAGAAGGAGCUGAGUGAAAAGGAUGAUGGAAAAGGAAAAGGAAAGAAAGGAGGAAAAGACAAGAAGAAAGACAAGAAGAAAGACAAGAAAGACAAGAAAGGAAAGAAAGGGAAGAAAGGAGGAGAUGAUGAUGAGGAAGAAGAAGGAUGGAAAAUGGCUCCUUCCAAUUUUGUCCCCUCUGUGAAUGAAGCUUCUGAUACUUACAAAGGUGUGUGGGCCACACGCGAUGAGACAGACAACUUCCCCCAGAAACAUGACUCCGAACUCAUCAAGGAGGAGAAGAGGAAGGAAGUGGAGGAGGAAGUUCGCCUCUCGGUGGAUGAGCUCAUGCGGGCUGAGCUGUCAAAUCUCAAGGCCGCUGUGGACAGAGAGAAAAAAGGAAAGAAAGGGAAGAAAUCCGGGAAGAAGAAAAAGAAGAAGGGAAAGAAGUCCGGCAAGAAAGGAAAGAAAGGCAAAAAGAAGGAGAAAGAUCUGACUCCUGACCGCACGAUGGAAGAUCUGUAUGAGGAGUUGGUGACCCAGGGCAUCAUCGUUCGUUGCCCGAACAUCCGUCUGGCUGACUAUGAGGGAGAGUACAGCUAUCUCGGUACAACUCUGAGACAAGCCAACAUUGAGCCCAUGCCCUCACUCUCUGAUGUACGACGUCUGGUCACAGAAUUUGGCAUUCUUCCCCUGGGCUCCCCGGCUGUCCAUGAGAACUGCCCGCUGACCAAGUCCAUCAUGCUGGCCGGACCUCGGGGGACCGGGAAGAAGACGCUCGUCCAGGCUAUGUGCACCGAGCUGGGGGCAAACUUCUUUGACCUCUCCCCAGGCAACCUGGCAGGGAAGUACCCUGGCAAGGAUGGACUCAAGAUGCUCAUGCAUCUUAUCUUCAAGGUUGGACGAGCUCUGCAACCUUCUGUUUUCUACAUUGGAGAAUGUGAGAAAAUGUUCAAAAAGAAAAUUCCCAAGACUGAUCCUACUGACCCUAAAAGGCUGAAGAAAGAGCUGCCUAAAGCGCUGAAGACCAUCAAGUCAGAUGACCGCCUCCUGCUGGUGGGUACAAGCCGCUGCCCCUUCGACGGCGAGAUGAAACCGUUGAUGAGUUGCUACCAGCGGAUUAUUCUCAUCCCUCGCCCUGACUACGCUUCUAGGCAUUUGCUUUGGCGGAAAAUGAUCUUAAAGUUUGGGGGUCAGCUAACCAACUACCUUGACAUCAGCUCCUUGUCAAAGGUCACCGACGGCUACACUCCAGGUCACCUGGUCACAGCUGUACAGCAGGUGUUGACUGACCGACGUAUCCAGCAGCUGGCCAAGAAGCCGUUACAAGCUUAUGAGUUCUUAGCACCAUUAGCCAGGCUUGACCCGAUCUAUAAGGAGGAAGAGGAAUCUUUUAAGACAUGGUAUGGUAAAACCCCGUUGGGCAAAAAACGUACCAAGGCUGCUGCAGCUGAUGAGGAUGAUGGUGGAGGAGGGAAAGACAAGAAAGGAAAGAAAGGAAAGAAAGGAAAAAAGGGAAAGAAAGGAAAGAAGAAGAAGAAGUAAUCAGUACCAGCUCAGAUUGGCUAAGAGUGCAAGCAAAGCGUUUGAUCACUUUGAUAUUUAUUUCCUCAAACAUGUGUGCCUUUAUGAAAUGCGGAUAAUACGUUAUAUAUAUGUAGCUGUAAUUCUUAUUUAUCUGAGGUGUUUUGAAAUGUUUUGUCUGUAUUUCAGUGUACAAUCCAUUCUUGAAAUAUUUUUUUAAAGAAUUAAUUGCAUUGCUGGGAUGACUAUGAUCAAUGUGAAUGGAUUGAUGUAUAGCUUAGAAAAAAUUUGUGCUUUCCUUUAAUAAAUAUUUUGUACGCUCAUGCUUAAAGAGACACUGAAUUAAAUGGAGUAGAAUUUAAAAAACAAAACAAAACAUGUAUUCAUGUAGCAGAGGCAACACAACAACUGUGGUUGUUGUUGUUGUUAAUUUUGUUAUGUUGUUGUCGUUACUGUAGUUGUUAUUGCUGAUGUUACAUUGUAGCUCCAGGGGCUUGUGGGUUGACCUUCUCCUUGUUAAAAGUGGGGUGACAAGAUCAUUAAAAUGAAUAAAACUUUGAACUGUGCAGUAACUGUGAUAUUAUUGUUUUACUUUCAACUGUCAACUGACCUAAGAGAACAUUUUUACUUAUUAUAUUGUCUUUCCUUGCCCUUUGUAGCUGCUCUCAUUCUGCCGUGAAAAAAGAAUUCAGAUAGACCGGGGCGCUAAUUUUGUUGAGAAAGUGAUCAAAAGAAUCUAAAGCAGCUGACAUUGCUAGAUUGGCAGUUUUCUUUAUAAUUUAUAAGUUUGUUUGUCUGUCUGUCUGCUUUUUCUCUUUGUUUUUUGUUUUUUAAACUGUAAAUUCACUUUUUAAAAGUUUGUACCAAAAAAACCUUACACAUUGAGACGAAAUGUGAAUUGUCAAACAAAACCUAUAAUGAGUAUGACAUUCUAAGAUAUACUAUACUCGUACAUACACAUUUUUUUUACAGAUUCUAUGAUACUUUUAUGAUUUACUAUUCAAGAGUUUUGAUAUCAAAUAAAUCCAUCUUUUGAGUGAAAAAGACA